AUGACCAUCCAAGUGUGGGAUGGACACACAAGACAACAACUGGGCAAGCCUCUCAAAGGUCAUACAAACUGGGUCACAUCUAUCGCAAUCUCACACGACAGGAAGCGAAUUGUGUCCGGUUCAAGCGACAACACCAUACGAGUGUGGAAUGCGGAUCAGGGUCAGCAGCUGGGCUCGCCUCUCCUAGGCCAUACUGAUAGGGUUACAUCUGUCGCGAUGUCCCACGACGGGCGGCGAAUUGUAUCUGGCUCGAACGACAAGACCAUACGAGUUUGGAAUACAGACACGGAGCAGCAGUUGGCCUCCGUACUCUCAGGUCAUACAGAUAUCGUCACGUCUGUCGCAAUGUCUCGCGACAGGCGGAGAAUAGUGUCAGGAUCGGAUGACAACACCAUCCGAGUCUGGGAUGCGGAGAUGGCGAAACAGGUAGGCUUACCUCUUGAGGGCCAUACAGACUGGGUUACAUCUGUCGCAAUGUCGCAUGAUGCACGGAGGAUUGUGUCCGGUUCGUUUGACACCACCAUCCGAGUGUGGAGUAUAGCUUACGCUGAUAAUGACGUAGAGCUAUGUGCGCUGGACAUGCAUAUCGAGACUGCGGAGCGCGAUAUCGAUAUCUUCGCCUCAAGUCUCCAUCUCGAAGACAGGAGGCUCGAGGAGGAAAGGAUCUUCGAGGAAGGAGUGUGCCAGGAACAACUCCGUCCCGAGGGAAACAUGCGCCUAGAGCGACUUCGUUCUGAAGAAAGCGCGCACUCGAAAACCCGCAAUGAAUAUCGACACUGUGCAAGGGCGAACGUGCCGCAGUUCUCUCGUCUACCUGAUCAGGAAGGUUGGGUUACUGGCCCGGGAGGCCAGCUUCUACUCUGGGUUCCAAUCCAACUCAUGGACCGGUCACGGAUGUAUGCUCCAGGGAAUGCUUUGGUGAUUCCGAAUGACGGUUUGCAGCUAGACCUGAGUCAAUUUGCACACGGAAAGGCCUGGCACGAAUGCUAUAAUCCCAACGGAGUGUAA